AAUCCAAUUAGGUUUCACCUCUAGGCUGUGAUGCAGAUCAUGCUUCACCCGAUCUAUACUCACACACACGCACGCACGCACAGUGUCACUCUGCAGUGCGCUUCACACACAGCGCGCGCACCCUGCGCUUUUACGCGUCCGACAUCUGCAGACAUCCAGCCUCACCAUAUCAAGCCAUCGAUUGGAGUAGCGAUCUCUUUCAGUUGCAGACAUUUUCCGCUGCGCUCUGAGAUCUUUUCAUCUUUAACAAAAUGUGGAGGAGUAGAAAAUGUGCUCAGUGAUAUCUGAUGCUUCCGUGGCAAGCUGGGAAUCUUAAACGCCGGGCGCACAGAAACCCGCAGCCGCGUCUUUUCUCCCGUUUGCGCACUGAGCGGUUUGUAUAUGCAAAAGGUGGUUUGCCUCCGUAAGCCAUGGAGGGACUUGUCUAAGGAGGACCCAACAUAGUCACCGUUUAACAAAUCCGUUCUGGUCUGGUGUUUGUUCCCCUCCCCUUUUGGUAACUUCCGGCUAUCUCCUCGUACACAAUGGCAGAGAACGACGGCCUAGGGGUCCCGAAACCUGGGGGUAGAUCCACGACGCUUCCCCCCGAGCCUAUCGAGAUCAUCCGGACAAAGGCCUGCUCCAGAAGGGUCCGCAUCAAUGUCGGUGGCCUCAACCACGAGGUCCUGUGGCGGACCUUGGAUAGGCUUCCCAGAACCAGGUUAGGCAAGCUGAGAGACUGUAACACGCACGAGUCGCUGAUGGAAGUGUGCGACGACUACUGUUUGAACGAAAACGAGUACUUCUUCGACAGACACCCGGGCGCGUUUACGUCCAUCUUGAAUUUUUACAGAACUGGAAAGCUUCAUAUGAUGGAGGAAAUGUGCGCCCUGUCGUUUGGACAAGAGCUCGAUUACUGGGGCAUCGACGAGAUCUACCUGGAGUCUUGCUGCCAGGCGCGAUACCACCAGAAGAAAGAGCAAAUGAACGAAGAACUGAGGAGAGAAGCUGAGACUUUGAGAGAAAGAGAAGGCGAGGGGGAAUUUGAUAACACCUGCUGCUCGGACAAGAGGAAGAAACUUUGGGACCUCUUGGAGAAACCAAGUUCCUCGGUUGCUGCUAAGAUCUUGGCCAUCAUAUCAAUUCUGUUCAUCGUUCUUUCAACAGUUGCACUCUCCCUCAACACAUUGCCUGAACUCCAAGUCAUAGAUGAAUUUCAACAAGCCAAUGACAAUCCUCAACUCGCUCACGUUGAAGCCGUGUGUAUCGCAUGGUUUACAAUGGAGUACCUCCUGCGCUUCCUGUCCUCGCCGAACAAGUGGAAAUUUUUCAAAGGGCCGCUGAACGUCAUUGACUUGUUAGCUAUAUUACCCUACUAUGUCACGAUUUUUCUGACCGAAUCAAACAAAAGUGUGCUACAGUUUCAAAACGUGAGACGGGUGGUGCAGAUAUUCCGUAUCAUGAGAAUAUUAAGGAUUUUAAAACUGGCCAGACAUUCGACUGGACUUCAAUCCCUCGGAUUUACCCUCAGGCGCAGUUACAAUGAGCUUGGCCUACUCAUAUUAUUCUUAGCCAUGGGAAUUAUGAUAUUCUCCAGCCUGGUGUUCUUUGCGGAAAAAGAUGAGGAUGCUACAAAAUUUACCAGCAUCCCAGCUUCGUUUUGGUGGGCUACGAUUACCAUGACAACUGUGGGCUAUGGAGAUAUCUAUCCACAGACUUUACUUGGUAAAAUAGUUGGUGGACUUUGCUGCAUUGCUGGUGUGCUGGUCAUUGCCUUACCCAUCCCUAUUAUCGUGAACAACUUUUCGGAAUUCUACAAGGAGCAGAAACGACAGGAGAAAGCCAUCAAGAGAAGAGAGGCCUUAGAACGAGCCAAGAGGAACGGCAGUAUUGUCUCUAUGAAUCUGAAAGAUGCCUUCGCUCGGAGUAUGGAGCUAAUGGACGUCGUAGUAGACAAAAGUGACGAGAAAGGGCCGAUGGAUAACCACCUCUCUCCGAACAGGUGGGGUUUUCCCAAACGUACAUCUUCAGAUGCCAGCCUGAGGUCGUUUGACAAGAAGGAGUAUGUCAGAACGCCGAGUCCCAAGCGCCUGAAUGCUCAGGAACUGGAGGAAAUGUAUAACCAGAUGACAAAGACACAGUCCUUCUCUGAUCUCAGCACAAACGCCGCCUCACAAACUGCAGCUGUGUCAAAACAAGAGGUGGAACUGGAGAUGAAAGAUGUCCCAUCCGUCACUGAGGGACAACCCAAGGAAAGAACCAUCACCGAUGUGAGAAGCAUAUCAAGCGUCGACAGCUUUGCAAGCUGCACCGCUGAAUUUGGACACGGUGAGAAGGCAUCCAACCCCUCUUGUCCAGCCGAGCAGGUUCAGCAAAGGCAACCUAAAGCAUCUCCACGGCUUCAUCUCGGCCAUCUGACACCUUCUGACACUUCCUGUGCAGACGAGAAUGAAGAAGCAACUCAAGAGAAUUUCACAGAGACGGUGGAGAACAUCAAAAGCUCCAUUCGUGGCACAAAUCCAGUAAAAACAAAAGGCCUCAAAGUCAACUUCAUAGAAACACCAGACGAUGGUCCUCUGACACCACCCCACACCUCUUCUCCACAGGACAUCAAUAAUAGUCUUUUGGAGGAUGACUCCCCAGAAGGAGAGUGCUCUCCUCUUUGUUCGGAUUCAGAGCCACUACCUAGUUUCACAAACAAAGGCGUAGUACUUUCUCCAAGGAGGCAUGCCGGUCAAUACCAUCCGCAGGAGGCAGAACUACUUUUGGGGGAGCAUGAGUACCAUGGGAACCUUAAGGAAGUGGCUACCGCAGUCAUCUCUACACCCAAACGUACAGCGCACAACUGUACCCAGGGUGUAGUGGGCGAUAACGGGGAGGAGAUACCGGACACUAACCAAAGUGAACACAAGGUGGAAAACCACAUGUUUGCACCCGAGAUCCGUCUAAUGCCAGGGGAUGGCAACCUCUCACCAUCCUGCGAAACCGGCAUGUGACUGUGGGCUCGGGUUGGGAGAGAAGCUACAAAAUUAUACACUGGAGAAGACAAGUGCACAGAGAUGCGGUCCGAAAGAUAUUUCUGCAUGGCAUGAAAAGUUCCUUGUAAUUUUGUCAUUGUCCAUAGACUGCAGUUCUUGCAGACGAAGCCUGGAGGAUGCGGGUGCAAACGAGAGACAUGUUUAGAAUGUAUUUACCCAAUGAUGAGGACAUUGUUGACCUACCUGUACAUUGUACCUUUUCACCUAAUUCAUUUUAUAGAGACAUACACAAAUGUAGAGGGACAGAUCUUCAGAAGCAUGCAUAUUAACAAAGCUGUUUUAUGGUGCUUAGUUUGCUCAGAGCACUCCACAGUAAAUACAGAGACUACAGCAAUGACAAUGCACAUAGCCACAGGGGGCAUAGUAGAUGUCAAAAGGGGUUCGUUUUGUUUGUUUGUUUUUAUUUCAUUUUUAAUGAUGAGGGGAUUUUUCAUCAAAGACUGUGAAAAGUGAGCUGCAAAGUAGCGACGUAUUGAAACAUAUCAUGACUUUCUGUAGAAAUGCAAUGGGUACCUAAUUCAGAUGUGUUUGUGUUAAGGUUUAGGAAUGGCCUUUGAUGUCACUACAAUUUUUUGCGUUUAUUUUUUUUACUCCAAUUAGCACCAUUAAUGAAACUGUUAGAUUUAAUGACCAGAGGUUCAUAAUUCAUGUUGAUGGAUCGCACCACAUUUUCCUUGAUAGAAAGUUAAAUAUGCACCUGUAGUUGCCAAAUAAAUAACAAAUGAGAUUAGCACAUUUCUAAUUCUAUAAAAUAGUUAGUAAGUAAAUGUGCAUUAUAUUAUUAUAUACUAUAAGUCUAUUGAAUUUGCAAUAGUCAUGCCUAGUUUAAUGGCCUGCUUUAAAUUGAUAUCAUUCAAAAAGAUUGGUACCACAGGUAUGUCUUAACUUAUAUUUUAAGCUCAAAUAUACAAUAGCACAAGAAAUUAAACAAUUAGUGUACUUCGAAUAGUAAUUUGACCAUAAGGUAAGUAGUUCUGGUCAUUAAUACUUACAAACAUUGUUCAUGUUUCCUUUUUAAGGGACACUCCACUUUUUUUGAAAAUAUGCUCAUUUUCCAGCUC